UUGGGUGGCUAAAUUUUGCCCGCCAAACCCACAAAACGCUCUGCUCUUUUUGGCGGUGGUGCUCUCAUCGCUACAGCAGAAACCUUCCUUCUUGGGAGUCUGGUGCAGCCUGUUAUUUUGACCCAACUGUCUAAAACUUUACCUCCGAAUUCUGUGGAGUUGUUUCGUCUUCCCUUACAAGAUGAAACUACCGGCCUUCAAUGCGAUAAUUUGGCAUCAAUACGAGCAGAGAUGAUGCUGAAGCGGCAUGGAUUCCUAUGCUCUUUAAUAAUGCAAACGAGUAAAUCGACGUGCAGAAAUGGGAUUGUGAAGAAGUCUUUCAGAUGGGUCUUCCUGGGCAUGACAUGGCUGUUGCUCUUGUGAAUCAAGCACCUCUAGAUCUUGGUUCUCAGCCAUGUGCCCCUCUGGUUUCAGGCACAGAUUCCUUCUUGUGUAAAAGGCAUUGCGAUAUUCCCUCAAAUUCUCCCAUCGGUUCUGCUUGCAUGAAUUUACCUUCUCGAGGCCAGAGCAAGUCUAUUCGGAUUCAUACGCUAAGCAAUAGAAAUACCAAUACUUUCUUUGAAUCUGACGGUGCUCUGAACUGCAAAGAUUGGCCUGCUUUUAACAAUUGGGUAUGCUCGUCUCCGGGUUGCAUCUCUCCUUCAUUUCUGUUAUUCGAUGAAUUGCGUGGUAGUGGCAGCAGCAGUAGGCUAAAAGAAAAUGCUUGCUCAAGUUCUCCUACAACCAAUACAUUCUGUACGUCGAGUCUGUCAGUUCGAACUAAUGGGUUGCGAACGUUGAGAUGUCAUGCUGCAGAUAUAGAAGCAAGGCAUGAGGAUGAACCAUUCAUUGGCUUCAUUGAAGAGGCCUGGUCAUCAUCGUCUGGGUGCUUGUCCCCUUCCUUUAUCUGUUUUGAUGAGCUUCGCACCAGAGAUGCUACCUUUGGUAAAUCUCUUGGCAUGUGGGAAGUGCAGGUUGAUCAUUUGUUCUCUCAUAUACUAUCAUCAUAUGAAGUUCUAGAGAAUUCUUCUUUUUCCGUGUCAAAACCCUUAGAUGAGGAGGCUCUCGUUCUUCUAAGAAAGUUAGCAUCCCUUCAUCUUGGAACAAGAUCUGAUGCAUUCUCGGAGGUCAGGAAAGUCCAGAGAGUAAAUUCCAUUGAUGGCAAGGAAGGUUGUGCUUCUCUUCCUUCUUCAGAGCUCACUGGUUCAGGGAGUCCUUCUCUGUAUGGCAGGACAUCUUUCACUGAUUCGCUUCCACAAAACCCAUUACCAGCUAUAGAUGAGGUUCCCUUCCCCACAGGUUUGGACAAACUUGAAGGCCUUGAAGAUGACGGACCUCUCUUCUGGCCUUUCGAUCAAAACUGCUUCAGAUAUCAUGAGCUAAACUGGGACUUGUCUAUCUCACCAUCUCGUAAGAACAGAGUUGAUGCUUGCGUGACUCCAACAUUCAGACAUGGGAAGAAUACCAACUUUCAACUUCGUAGAAGUGCCAUUCAGAAUAGCAGGAGAAAAAACCAAGCUUGUAGACCUCAUGAUCACUCUGUUUUCGACUAUGAUUCGACGAAGGAGGGCAGACCCACUUCAAGUCCAAAUGUGCUUGCAAAAAUACGGACCAGAGCUAGUAUCUGCACUGAGGGAGAUAAAAUGGCUGCUGAUAAACAAACAUGUUCUGGUAAUUCUCUCCUUAAGAUGAAAAAUGGAGUGAAAUCUCGUCUUGGAGUUCAGAUGCCAUGACCAAAAUAGCUUUUGUAAUGUUUCAACUGAUGGACGCUGCAUGGACAAACCAGGAGAACAUUUCAGUGGUGAUUUGAGACGUGCGGGUCAGCAUGUAGGUCAAUUACUUGAACUUGCAGUUAAAGACAGUCAAGUGCUCGUAGAGAUUAUCUUUUGGCCUAUCGUGGAGUCCAUGUCUGUUGAGGCAUUGGUGGGCAUGGAAGAAUUUGAUGGGCAUGAAGGCAUCGAUAAUGAACUAAUAGGGAAUCAAUUUUCUCCAGAAGAUUCCACCAGAGAACCUGUGAGUUCAGUAUUAUAAAGCUGCAGUUUCGAUGAGUGAAUCUAAAGGUUAUAGUAAGAGCUGACCAAAGAUUUCUCAUCUUUGGUCUAGCAUCUUUUCUACUUCUGGGGAUGCUGGUACAAUGUUCAGGAAAUUCGUGCAAUGUGGGAGCCUCUAAUGAGUGUUUGUUUUCUCGUCGAAAUAUGUAUUUGAAAAGACUUACUCCGAGAUAUUUGUAGUUAUUUAGAUGUUCUCACAUGGUUUUUCGUUUGAGCAG